CGGCGGCCUACUUCGCCUCGACUGUCGGGAAGCGGACGACGCAGGAGCAUGAUCCCGACGACGCCGAGGAAGCCGACGACCGGGUCCCGCAGCCAGCUCGCCAUGGGCCACACCGCGCCGGCGGCCUCGGCGCUGCGGAGGAACACGUCCAUGACGACGACGCCCUCGAUCCAGCAGUCGCUGAGCCGCAGCCACGGCCAUAGCUCGGGCAUGCGCGCGUCGACAUCGACACCAAACAUGCGCGACCUCAUGACGCAGUCCGCGCCGGGGCGCAAGCAGACGAAGAACCGCAUGGGCUCCUUCAACCCCUCGCUCUUGAGCCAGUCCGUGCCACGUGCCAAGCCGCUCUUGCUCCCCGCGCCCGAGCCGACGCUGCCGCCGCCAACGACCGAGUCGCUUGCGCUCAUCCUCAAACCGACGUCCGCCGACUUGCGCCCGCGCUGCGCCGUGUGCGAAGCCGCGCUCGUCGUGCAGCCGAUCAACGACGUUGUGCCCUCCAGCUCGGACGACUCGCUUGCCUCGCUCUUGCAUCUGCAGACGAUUUUAGAUCCCAUGUUCCACGAGACGACCGCGACAACCGAUGAGGACGAGGACGACGUGCCGCCUGUAGACCACAGCUACGUCUACGUCCGCGACGAAGUAUGGGAAAACCAAGCCUUUGCCAACGGGACGUGGGCUCGCGUUAAUGGCACGACGCCGCCGUAUGUAGCCGGCGACUCGAACCUGCCGCUGGAUGCGCUGCCCGACAAGACGUCAUCGACGAGCGCAUGGCUCGACGAGUGGUCGCCCGACGUCCUCGUGGCCGGGUGCGACGACGAGGGCUGGCUCUACGGGAGCAGCUUUGCCCAGCUCGACGAGGCGACGUCGCCAGCACCGUCGUUCUCGGCAUCGUCGCCGCGCGCACGGCGCCGGCGGCUCGUGCGCCACCGCAAGAUCCGUCACACACAAGAAGGCUGGUGGAAUGAAGUCAUGGACCGCAGCCUGCACUUUUCGUCGCUCAAGACGCCCAUGUGCCAUCCGUGCGCCGAAGCGCUGCAGAAGACCUUGCGCUCAGAACUGUCCCGGCUCGCCGCCGACGAAGCGUCGUACGAUGUGUACCUCGAGUCGCUCGCCGAUGCGGUCGACGACGAUGACACAGUGGGCCGUGCCCGCCCCCACAAGGCCCGUCCCGGGCGGAAAGGGCUGGCAAAAAUGAGCCAUCUGACGUGGCAAGACGCCAACCUGGACGACUAUGACGACGACGACGUCGACCUCGAGAUCUUGUCGCUCGACGAGCUCGAGCUCAAAGCGCGCGCACUUGACGACAUGCUGCGGUACAUGGACGAGGAGAGCGCCAUGGUGUUGCGGAACCGCGAGCUCAUUUGGUCGUGCGCGACCGAGCUCGCGACCUUGCAACGCGACUCGUUUGACCAUGGCGCCGUUGUGCAGCUAUUGCAUGCAAGCACCAAGGAAGAGCGGUCGUCGGUGUCGACGUUUGCAGUGCAUGCAUCCGACGUGCUCCGGUGCCUCCAGCGCUACAACGUAUUCAACGACACGUUUCACAUUUGGCACGAAGGCUCCUUUGGUACGAUCAACGGGCUCCGGCUCGGGCGCCUCCCGAGCAAGCCGGUCGAGUGGGCCGAAAUCAACGCUGCGCUCGGCCAAGCGACCUUGCUGCUGGCGACGGUCGCUGGCCGCGCGAACCUCACCUUUGCACGGCACACGCCGGUCGCGCGAGGCAGCUACUCCAAGAUGCUCACGGCGCAGUCCAAAGACAAGCGGAAGGAGUACCCGCUCUACUCGGACGGCAGCUUUUUCCAGCGACAAAAGUUCAACCAAGCGCUCGUCUUCUUCCUCGAGUGCGUCGACGAAGCCGGCGUCCGCGCCAUGCGCGAAGAACCGUCACUGCGCUUCCCGUACAAGAUUUACAAGGGCAAGAUCGGCGAGCUCGCGAUAUCGGUUGGCGGCAACGACGAGCAGUGGACGCGCGCACUCAAGUAUCUGCUCACGCACCUCAAGUGGCUCCUCGCAUGGAUCGCCAAGCGGUAUCCGUAGAGUUAAUAAUACGACCUUUUGAGGUA